UCCACCCACCCCCAUUGGGGUCUGACUGGCCAUGGCCUUUGCUGACCCCGUCCUGCCCUCCAUCAGCAGCCUGGCUGGCUUCUGCCACUUCCAGGAGAAGCAGUCUGAGAUUCUCAAGUGGUGGAAGGGGGAAGAUGCUCCAGACCCCCCAGCGUCCCGCCCCUUGGACCUGCCCCAGCCCUACGGCUCCCUGCAGCUCAAGCAAGAGGAUGAGGAAUCCUGCUGGGACCUGGACUUCCUGCUCCGAAACUUCCCCAGCGCGGAGCCGGGGGGCCCCAGCCCAGGUGGGGGGUUUGAGCCUGGCUCCUGACCCUGUCAGCCAGAGGCCUACAAGGGGCCCAGC